AUGGCCAUCUUCGACUCAGAGAAGCGCCCUCGCGGCCUUCGUGUGCCAUCUCUUACAGCACUGAAGUCUUCAGCAACGAAAUCGCAAUUCUCCCUAAAGAAAUCGUCCGAUUCGGUGCCAUCCGACGAGUCAACCUCGCCUAAACCGGCAGCCUUCCCUGCCCCUCCACCACCAAAGCCGGCCCCUCCACCGGACAAGGAACUCCCACUUCCCCCGAAAGUGGACAUUCCAGCCUCAUCGGACAACCCAUACUUCCUUCCGAUCCCCCAAAAUGAAGUCCCAGAACGACGCCCAAUUCAACGGGUCCCCGUCCCAACGGAGUCUCCCCCUCGGACGACAGGCAUGCGAACCAAGAAAUCACAGCCCGAUUUCCAUCCGCUGCAACAGCCAACUCCAAUGACACCCUCUUCCCCGCCCCAAGUCCCGCCCCAAGUCCCGACCAUAGUCCAGGAUCCAGCUCCAGCCGACGAGGCCAACUCCCCCCAAUUGGAAGGGUUCAUCCCGACCCCAGAAAGCGCUGAACCGCCAGCAGUGCCAGAACAGCCACGCGAGGAGCUGGCCCCCUCACCCUUUGUCCCUCCGGAUGUUGAACCCGUGGCGCCGAAGUUGAACGAGAUCCACCUCACAUGCUACCAGCAGCACCGCGCCAUGCCCGUGGCGCAGAAUACGUGGUGUCCAAUGCCGUGCAUGACCUGUCAGAAAUUCGACAUUGAGAUUCGGCACCGCUGUGUGUUCUGCUGUCUGCGCAUCUGCGAGUCGUGCUACCAGACCCUGCAGAAAUGCAAGAAUCGUUCGGUCGAGGAGCUGGUUGAUCGAAUUGUCGCUUGA